AUGGAUGACGUCGUCCAAUCACUGACUACUACACCUCCGCCCGCAUCCUCACCCAACAAACAUGCGCAGAUCACUUCCAUCAUGUGCGGUCGAUAUGCACUGGCACUGCGGCCUUCGGAGGUGCGACAGCAGCUCGAACGAUCGCAGAUGCCAGUAGACGAUGCUCCCGACGACGAAGACGUCCGUCAAAGCUACAAUUUUGCGCCGGGCUAUCAUGGAUUGGUCUACCGAGCUGAUGGUCCCGACUUCGGGACGAGUACGUCAAAUGAUCAACAUGAUCAAGAAGAGUGCAAGCACGAGGACAGCACUUCCGCUCCAGCGGCAGGUAAUGCAGACGACACCAAAUACAAGCUUCAGGCCAUGAAAUGGGGUCUUGUCCCGUUCUGGACCAAGCGCAAUCCCGACUAUGGUUCCAUGAUGAAGACCAUCAACUGCCGUGACGACUCACUCUAUGAAGAUCGCGGCAUGUGGACAAGUAUGAAGAAGAAGAAACGGUGUAUCGUGGUCGCACAGGGCUUCUAUGAAUGGCUGAAGAAGAACAACGGGAGAGAGAAGAUACCACACUUCACCAAGCGCAAGGAUGGCCAGCUGAUGUGUUUCGCGGGUUUAUAUGAUUGUGUCCAGUUCGACGACACCGAAGAGAAGCUGUACACGUAUGCCGUGAUUACCACGGACUCGAACAAGCAGCUCAAGUUCCUCCAUGACCGGAUGCCGGUUAUCCUGGACAACGGCUCCGAAGCUAUCAAAACAUGGCUGGACCCGGAUCGGACAGAGUGGAGCACCGAUCUGCAGACGCUUCUGAAACCAUACGACGGUGAAUUGGAAUGCUAUCCCGUGAGCAAAGACGUGGGCAAGGUCGGGAAUAAUUCACCGCAGUUUGUCGUGCCUGUCAACAGCGCCGCCAACAAGAGCAACAUUGCCAAUUUCUUCGGUAACCAACAGAAGAUGGCCAAGGCGAAGAAGGACGAGGGUAUAGUCGGGAAACUAGAGCAUGACGACGGCAAGGCCACCAACAAGAGCGAGAUCAAAAUCGAGAAGGAUGCCAAUGAACCUCGUGAGACGACGAACCAGAUCCAAGGUAGCGAAGACAACGCACCGUUGCCUGUUCCCGUACCAAUAUCACCAUCACGUGGCGAGGGUGUGAGAGGCAUCAAACGGGAGCGCAGUGAAGCAGAGGAUGAUGGUGACACAGCAUCUGGUACGCCCCAACAGAAGCGUAGGACCCCCGCCACGCCUGCCCCAGGAUGUAGCCAGUCCCCGCAAAAGAGUGGUGCAAAAGCACCUGCAAAGAAGGGCACAAGGAGCGCCACGAGUAACGGUAGUGCAGCGAAGGCGAGGCCGUCCAACCAAAGGCGGAUUGAGUCGUUCUUCGCGAAGUGA